AUGUCGGAACGGAAGAAGAUCGCCCUCGUCACCGGUGCCUCCCUGGGCAUCGGGUUUGCCCUUGCCAAGGAAUUGACCACCCGUGGCUACCAGGUGUACGCCGGAGCUCGCCGAGUGGCGCCCAUGGAGCCACUUAAGCAGUACGGGGUUAUCCCUAUCGAAUUGGACGUGUCCCUGCUUGAACUGGUGAAGAAGACCAAGCAGUACAUUUUGGAACACGCCGGCGACUCGUUGGACUUGUUGGUGAACAACGCCGGUACCCUGUGCUCGUUCCCCUGUACCGAUUUGCAGGACACCGACGCCAUUGCCUGCUACCAAGUGAACGUGUUUGGCCCCAUGAGAAUGGUGAAGGAGUUUGCCCCAUUGCUCAUCAAGGCCCAGGGUACCAUCACUUUCACCGGUAGUGUCACCGGGGUGGUGGCGUUCCCGUUCUCGGCGGGGUACAACUCACUGAAGGCGGCGAUCCACCAAUACGCGGCGACGUUGCGGGUGGAAAUGAAGCCGUUCAACGUCAAAGUACUCAACAUUGUCACCGGUGGCGUUGACACUAACAUCGCCGACACCCGCCCCAUGCCCAAGGACUCGUACUAUAACUUGCCGUCGUUGUUAGAUGCAUUUGAAGAACGCAAGUCGAUGGCGAAGCGUAACGCGCCCAUGCUGGCUCCCGAUUACGCUCGCGAGGUCGCCAACGAUAUCGAACGUCUCCACCUGACCUCGGGCCCGUUGAACUACUAUAGAGGUACCAAGGCGUGGUUCUUGGGCCACUUGUUGUGGUGGGCGCCGCGCUGGCUCGUAGAGAAGGGGCUUUUGCGUAAGUUUGGCUUCACCGAAGGGUUCAAGCAAUUGUACCAGAAGUAUGUCGUUCGCCGUGACUUGAAGAAGGAUUAG